GAUUGACCUCAGGCGUUUGUACUGUGGAAUGAAGGCUCUGGCGCGUCGCGAGAAAACUAUUUCUAUACUAAUGCAGAUUAACAAUAAUAUUAUCGGGAGCGUUCACUGUGGCUAUUAAUCCGGCUUCCACCAAAACCAAGUAAGCGAACGCCUCCGUUUACAGGAGGAAUGUGUGGGCUAGUUUGCUAAUGGCAAUGCUACAGUAGCUCGCCUGGCUCGUCCUUAUUUUUUUUUUAAAUACUGUCGCUGCGAGAAAACAUAAGAUGAACAUUUCCUUCUACACAGCAUUAAUAUUUCACAGCAUUAACUAAUAAAAUUGGGGUAAACCUGUUGGUUUGGGCGGAGAACGGAAGAAUUCACAAUGAACACAAAGCGCAACAACAGUGAAAGCGGAGCGGGCAGAAUCAACCCAGGCUCGGUUUCAGCAUCAGCGAACAGCAGCUCAUCCGCGAGCUCUUCUCACCGAAAACAAACUAUUAUCAACUCGUCCCACAAAGGAGAGAAGGAGGAGUGCAUGCAGAAUGCGGCCCGCGACAAAAAUCUGUCCAUCUCCACACUCCGAACCCGCCUCGGACCGACCAUUCGGUCCACUCUGUCCGCGGCGGUGGACACUCUUCUGGGCGAGAUCGUGACGGUGCUGUCCGAGACCCAGCGCGAGCUCCAGACCAAGGAGCAGGAGAACGAGAAGCUGAAGGUCCGGCUCGAAGUGUCCGAGAGAGAGCUCAAGACGCUACAGGAGUGCCUGUGUAGCGCGCAGAAAUUAAUCGACCAGCUUCAGGGUCCCUUUGGAAACCCGCCCAUGACGGGACAUCAGGUGUACUCCACCGCUGGACACUUGAACUCGAGCCGUCUGACUCACCGGACCGCGCCCGAGCCGGACCCGCGCUGCUUUACUGGAGCUGAACCCGAGCUGAGUGGCGCUCUGGGCGAUGCCAUACACGGCUUUGACUCCAGGGACGAAUUCAAGAGCUGCCACCUCUCCAUUCAGGCCGACGGGACGGUGACCAACAGCUUCUAUGACCCGAUAUCUGUGCAUUCAUCCAAUAUCUGUUCAGACAUGAACCGAGCGGGUGAGAUGGUGGAAGACAGCAGAAGACUUUCACACACCAGACCCCAAAACACUCCCUCACACCCUAGCUUCUCCAUCAAAGAGGAGCAGGUUCCUGGCUCUGGACAGCUGUGUGUUCGGGGCCGAGAUCCACCCACAGAAGCCGAGCAUUCAGCACAGAGUGUGUGUGAUCUGGCUUACGUUCACGUGGUGGAGGAAGAAGGAGGCUCUCGUUCGCACCAUCAUCCCUCCAAACCUACACCCCCACCUCCCUCCAGGCCUCAGAACGGACCCUCGUCUUCUCUCACAGACCCUAGUUCACCUUCGCAGGGGACGUCUGGCCUUAGAUCCUCAGCCCAGAGAGAUUCUCCUGGUUUGGGUAUGAGCACCAGGAGGAGCCCAGGGGUCGGCGGUUCAUCUCCAGAAGAGCCCAUCCGGCGCUCCAUCUCCGAGCUGAUGGGGGAAGCUCCCGGGGAACGUCCUCAUUUAUGUCUAGAGUGCGGAAAGACCUUCCGUCUGAUUUCCAGCCUGAAGAAGCAUCUAAGGAUCCACACAGGAGAGAAACCGUACCCGUGCACCGUAUGCGGCCGGCGUUUCCGUGAAUCCGGCGCUCUUAAGACUCACCUCCGCAUCCACACCGGCGAAAAGCCAUAUUCUUGCUCUGAUUGCGGGACGCAGUUUCGGCAUCUGGACGGGCUGAGGAAGCAUCGCCGCACACACACCGGUGAAAAGCCCUAUGUGUGCAGCAUCUGUGGGAAACGUCUCAGUCGCCUUCAGCAUUUGAAGCACCACCAGCGUAUUCACACAGGAGAGCGGCCCUGCUGCUGCCCACUUUGCCACAGAGGAUUUAAAGAUCCAGCCAGUCUGAGGAAGCAUCUCCGCGCCCAUCAGGGGGAGCCAGGGGCAGAUGAAGCCAUAGGGAUGGCUGGUUUGGGAGAAGGCGAUGGAGGAUCCAUGGAUGAUGAGGAUAUGAGGUUCGGGAUGUGGGGGGAGGAGGAAGGGAAUGAUGGUGAGCCUGUGGUGGACUGUGUGUAGUCCUCAUGCAGUUACAGAUAAGCAAACUAUAUGGUUUUUACCAUCAGUUAACCUCUUUUUUUUUUUUUUUUUUUUUGAUGGGACAAUUUUUUUUCUACUUUUUGUUAAAGGGAUAGUUAGGUUCACCCCAAAAAAAAACAAAUCUGUCAUCAUUUACUCACCCUUCGCUUGUUCAAAACCUAUUUAAGUUUCUUUCGUCAUUGAACAUACAACUUAUUUAAAAUGAGCUGAAACAACACAAUUCUUGAGAUUUCAUUGGGACAACUUAAUUUUUUUAUGUUCAAUCCACAUAAAUUUGUUAAAAGUGUUCAUUUAAGUUAACUUAAUCGAUUUGUGUUGGGAGAACAUGAAUGAAUUAUGUGUAACCCUGCAUUUUUUAUAGUGUAAAGGAAAUUACUUUGAAGAAUGAUGAUCGAUGGAGCCUGUUGACUUCCAUAGUUUCCAUUUUUCCUGUACCAUCGACCAGCAUUUUCCAAAAACACCUUCUUUUGUGUUCAACACAAGAAAGAAAUUACAUCGGGAGAGUAAAUAGUGAGGUAAUUUUCUUUUUUUUUUUGGUGAACUACUCCUUUAAGACUGAAAUAUGUUGAGGUCUAAAAGACAGUCGCUACAUUCCGACCUCAAAUCUGCUGUGACGUUUUCUUUCAGCGACUAUCUUUUUCUUUACAAUAUGAUUAUGUAUCUUUGAACAUCAUAACUUAUUCCAAAUAUCAAGUACAUUCAAUAUACGACAACACAGAUGUCACAUCAGAGACUGCAGAUCUUGCCGCCAUUUUUCUUACUGUGUGUGUUGUGUUUCAUUGUAGAUGCUGUUGACGCUUCAGUGGGACUAACAGGGUAUAUCUUGUACGAUCUGUUUUUCACAACUUCUGGGUGUAUUCAUUGGUGUAAUGAUCAUUUUUAUGUGAAAGAGAGAGUAAGAAAGAGCUAUUGUGGAAGAAAUUAAAGCCUUAACUGCGGUUUUAGUGCACAGGCUCACACACAGAUGCGCAUCAAGGGUCAAAUGAGGAUGCUGUGUUCAGGGUGAAAGGUGCUGAUCCAAAGAAUCAGAACAGGUGUCUGCCAGGGUUAAUUCAUGAGUUCACUUUGAGACUUAUCUGUAAAAAUGUAUCUACGCAUCCAACUUAGCUAUGUACUCAACUGCAGAUUUUUUGAAGGCUUUUUCAUUCAAAUUAGGAGUAAUAAACCAGCAAAUUGAGGAAACGUUUAAAGUGGCGCCUUCUAGUGGACGUAAGAGGGAAAUACUGUUACUGCCAAAUAGCUUAACAAAAGAUAGAGAUGUCCUUUCUGUUGUGGCCAUGGCAUUAAUCUGUGUGGUUUUGUGAAUACUUUUAUUUACACCGAGUUUUCUUUUAUAUAUCUUAUUUUGUACAUUCAACUUGUAUAUUCUGUACAUUAAACUCAAUUAGAUUUAGCCUUAACUAUCUCAAGACGGUAACUGGAGCUUUUAAAAAGAUCCAUGACUAUUGUUGUAAUAACUUUGGACUGUUUAAACAGUUUGCUUUUUAUUUUUCAAUAUUCCAUUUGUCUCAGUGCCCGUGUGUGAUGUUGAGUUUAAAGAUGUUGGACGUUGGAGGUCAGAGGUUUGACGGCUGUGGUUCAUUUGUAGUCGGAUCAACAAAACGAUUGUAGUCAAAACCCAAAAACACCAGACUUAAUGUCCUAAUAUAAAUAUGUAGAACGGAAUGUUUAAUAUUAAGAUCCUUUUUUGAGUGUUUAACACACGCAACGCUUAAGACAAAUAGAUAAAAAGAGUCGAUGAAAUCAGUGUGAACUUUAAUCCUCUACAAUUAUUCGUCAUUGUAAGACAACCUCAAAUUAGAAAACAUUCAAAUCUGUUGAUCAUUUUGUUAUAACAGAAGCUUUACUCACACAUAUUCUUCAGUGUGUAUAACCAACCAUUUUACUCUUUUUAUAAAAAAAGGGCACAGUCUUCAUCUCUUGUCUGUAACGCUUCAUAUUCCGAAUUAUGUACCACCGUAUUAUAAUCAUUUACAAUUAAAACUUUUCAAGUUC